AUGGCACUUUUUUUUAGAAAACGGUAAUUCAUAUAAUCAAACAUAAUUUGUUUCUGUUUUUGAUUGAUCAUUCUAUACAGGCAACCUCUGUCAACAUAGCCGUUGCCUCACAUGUGUGGGUUGAAGAUCCAAAAUCGGCUUGGAUUAAUGGCGAGGUUUUUCGAAUUAGUGGUAAUGAAGUACAUGUACGGACUACCACUGGAAAAACGGUAAUACAUCCUCACUUCAGGCUUUCCUUUUUUUUUUUUCAAUAUAAUCUUCAAGAAGCCAUAGAUUGUUGGAAUUAUAGGAUUGAGCCUAUUUGUCUAGUUACGUUCUUCCCUGACGUGGUCUAGUUUGUGAAUGGCAUUUCAUCUUUUUGUGAUACAGGCAAAAUAACUCAGCAUUUUCUUUUCCUGUGGAAUUGAUAGUUUGUGUGUUAUCUGAAGUUUUUACAUUCACGUAGCUUGAUAGCAGUAUAAUCCAUUUGGUUUGAGUCAAAAGUAGAUGUAUCCAAGGCUUUCCCUUUUUACAUCUUCUCUCAUAUGCCAGUUGUUUCCUAGUAUUUGACAUUCAUUUUCUAAUUCCAUGUAUUAAAAAAUUUGUUUCUUUCCAUAGAAGUUUUCUGUGGAUAUUACAUUCGGCCUUUUAGCAAUUUCAAGCUGGUGACAUUCAUUAAUUUCUGGCCUGAGGUAUGGGGGUCAGCUCCUAGAUUCGGUGGGCGAAGACAAAGGCUAUUUAUCGGUGCAGUAUCCUUGGGCUGAACUAUUAAGAUGAAAGACUGUUAUAUACAAUAUAAAAUAAUAGUUCCCUUGUGUUUCAAAGUUUCGUUGACAUAACAGUGUAUCUACCCUCAUAAAGGUCUUCAUUCUUGGAAAUUUUUAUUGGUCCCUAUUUCUUUCCACUUUUAGUGCUUUUGUUACUGGCUUCUCUGCUGCCUUAAAUGAUCCUGGGUGAUGGCAAAUAAUAAAAAAGUAUGAUGACACCUUCAAUGUCAUUACACGAGAAAGCAAGUGAUUCUGCCUUUCAGAUCAAUCAGUUGGCGGAUUAGAACUACCGACCAUGCUGCCCGCUGGUUUUCUGUCCCUUUUCGCCGGUGCAUUAAUUUUCGCAUCAAAAUGUACCUCCAAUUCAUUCCUUUUUCCUUAUAAACUGUGAAGUUUAAGAAAAGUUACUCUCCAUUUUAUUUAUACUGUUGAAUUCAACUCUCACUCUUAUUCUAGUCCCCUGGGUUGAAGCUUGGCCUUGCUUCUGUUCUUCGGACCUCAGUUUUAUUGAACUGGACUAUUCUAAAGUGAUUGUGUGUUUGUUGGUAUCCAAAAAGUUUAUGCUCCUGUAUACAGAAAUUUCUUGGGUACUCUUCUGUCAUUUAAGAAUUUUCAAUCCAUCUUUGUAAACAAUAGAAAACUUGUUUUAUUCACGAUGUUUGCUUCGUUUUUUUUAUCUGGCUGCUUGGACAGAUUACUGCAAAUAUAUCAAAGGUGUUUCCCGAGGAUACAGAAGCUCCGCCUGGAGGAGUGGAUGACAUGACGAAACUGUCCUACCUUCAUGAACCUGGAGUGCUGCAAAACCUGGCAACUAGAUAUGAGCUGAAUGAAAUAUAUGUAACUACUCAGUUUUCUUCGAAUUCGAAUUUGUAUUUGUGACUCCAUAAUUUGUGUUAUGUUUUCUAACUGCUGUAUUUUGCAUUUAUAGACGUACACUGGGAAUAUUUUGAUUGCCGUGAACCCUUUCCAAAGAUUGCCACAUCUUUAUGAUACUCAUAUGAUGGAACAAUAUAACGGGGCAGGAUUUGGGGAAUUGAGUCCUCAUGUUUUUGCUGUUGCAGAUGUUGCAUACAGGUAAUUGCGAUUUUAUGAGUCAUUUCUAUAUAUUUUCUAUUAUAGUUUUUGAUUUCUUUAUACAAUCAUAUCAGGGCUAUGAUAAAUGAGGGUAAAAGUAACUCCAUUUUAGUCAGUGGAGAAAGUGGUGCUGGUAAAACGGAAACAACAAAAAUGAUCAUGAGAUAUCUUGCAUUCUUGGGUGGGCGAUCUGGAGUAGAAGGAAGGACCGUUGAACAACAAGUUCUUGAAGUAAGUCUAAUGAACCUUUUGAGGGCUCUUUUUGUAUGAAUUCUGAUUUUUUAAAUACUUUUCAUUUUGGAUAAUUCAUUUUCUAUGAUAUCAUAGUCCAACCCGGUUCUUGAAGCAUUUGGGAAUGCAAAAACUGUCCGAAACAACAAUUCUAGGUAGGUUUCUAUUUUUUCCUUGCGCCUUCAAGUAUCUGCUUUCUCACGUCUCUCUUCCAUACAACUAAUAACACAAUUUUAUCUUAUCUAUGAUGGAUAUAUGUUAAAGUCGUUUUGGGAAGUUCGUUGAGAUUCAGUUUGACAAGAAUGGGAGGAUAUCUGGGGCGGCUAUUAGGACAUACUUGCUUGAAAGAUCUCGUGUUUGCCAAAUUAACGAUCCUGAGAGAAACUAUCAUUGUUUCUACCUACUUUGUGCUGCCCCUCGAGAGGUAAUAUACUUUUUAAGCUCUUAUCUGUCAUUUUAAUUCUUGUCUUGCUCUUUCUUGCCGUUUUUUUAAAUUUCAUAUCAAUAUUGUUCGCUAAAAUUGAUUUAUUUUGAAACUGUGUUUCAUUUGGAAGGACAUUGAAAAGUAUAAGUUGGGAAACCCUGAAUCCUUCCACUAUCUCAACCAAUCUAAAUGCUACAAGCUGGAUGGAUUGGACGAUGCGCAUGAAUAUCUUGCUAUCAGAAGGGCCAUGGAUAUAGUUGGAAUCAAUGAAGAAGAACAGGCCUGUCUUGUGUUUUUCUUUUUAAAUUCAAUAAAAUAACUGUAUUCCCAUGCAGAAGUAUCUUUUUCAGUGCAAUUCAACAAUCGUUCAUUUUCAGGAGGCCAUAUUUAGAGUUGUUGCUGCAAUACUUCACAUCGGAAAUAUAAACUUUGCUAAGGGGGAGGAAAUUGAUUCUUCUGUCAUUAAAGAUGAGAAGUCAAGAUUCCAUCUCAACAUGACAGCUGAACUUCUUAUGUAUGUCAGCUUCUUUCCACCAUAUCUAACUCUUGACCAUCCUCUAAUUUUUUUGGGUUCGCCUUUCACAAUUUUUUUUUGUUGUGCACUAUGACAGGUGUGAUGCCCAGAGUCUAGAGGAUGCACUGAUUAGACGUGUGAUGGUGACACCUGAAGAAGUUAUCACAAGGACCCUUGAUCCUGCUUCUGCUAUUGUCAGCCGUGAUGGUUUAGCCAAAACUAUAUAUUCUCGUCUGUUUGACUGGUAACGAUAUUUUGAUUGUUUAAACUUGUCCUGAAUGUCACGUUCUGCCUGACAACUUCGUUGUUAAUUAUGAUCGUUAUUUCUUCAGGUUGGUGGAUAAAAUUAAUAUUUCUAUUGGUCAGGACCCAAACUCAAAGUCACUGAUUGGAGUUCUUGAUAUCUAUGGUUUUGAAAGUUUCAAAAGUAAUAGGUAUGCUGCUGGCUGGAGAAGUUUUUAAUAUGAUGAUAAUCAUUGGUGCUACAUUAUUCAUUGAUUUAUUUUCACACUGUUUUAUGCAACAGCUUCGAACAAUUCUGUAUCAAUUUCACGAAUGAGAAGCUUCAACAGCACUUUAACCAGGUUUGAAUUGCGGCUAAUUUCAUCUAUAUCUGCCUAGGUUUUUCUUAAUCUGCUUUUGAAAGUAUCUGCCAUGAAUAAAACCUUUCUAAAAAAUGGCUGUCUUUUUAUUAUCCCAAAUGGCAGCAAGUUUUCAAAACGGAACAAGAAGAAUACACAAAGGAGGAGAUCAAUUGGAGCUACAUUGAGUUUGUUGAUAACCAAGAUGUGCUCGACCUGAUUGAGAAGGCAUGUAUUAAAUUGUUUUGUUGUUACUUUGACUGGAAAUAUGAUGAAUACUGUGUUAUCAUAUUUAUUGAUCAAAUAGCACGUUUCUGGCAAAAAACGUUUUCCGCUAGUGAAAAACACUUUUUGAGUGUCAUGGUUAAGUUGUCUCCUGUAUUAAUUUUUAUAUCCUGUGGAGUGGGGUUUGACAUGCUGCAAUGCCACCCAAUGUGUUGAUUCAAAAGCCUAAGGUAACUCUUAGUUAAUAACCACUGUAAGCUCUGUUUGCAUCUAGAUUAUUAUGUCCCAUCCUUUUCAGAUUGAGUACCAGGCUCCUUGUCACCAAGAUGACGAUUUUUUGGCAUGUUGUAUGUUGUAGGGUGAGCUUCAAAGAUAUAUUUUUCAAUAGAUACCUUCUUUUCUUAGUCCAGUUAAGAUACUUGAGAUACCCCAAUGGUGCUGUAAGAUCACUGAGGGGCUAGGACAUAAACAAGGAACGGUUUGGUUGAUAGCCGUCUUUAAUGGUUGAACUUGCACAUUUUCUUAAAACCAAGGUCUAGGAUUAUCUGGAAGUAGUGUAUUCAUCAUUACUAUGAGCCUCAUCUCAACAGUAUGGAGUUGAUAUCUGAUAAAGUGUCCCAGGAAUUUAUAGUAUGUUGAGGAUUCAAUGUGACCUGGUGGUGACAGAAUAACUCAUUUGAAUUUAAGGUCAGGCCACAGCAACCUUCGAAGUUUCUUGGAGAAAGUGUCUGUAAUUUCCUUCUUACAGGGAACCUACCUUGUCAACUUUUGGUUCUCCAUUUGCCAUCAAUAAUCUAUUUCCUCUUUGACGGCUCCUGAACCGGAGGUCUGCACUAUCUCGCAUGGAGGCAAUUUUGAAUCGUAAUUUUUGUAAAAAACAUAACUCAUCUAACUCGCUCUCCAAAAGGUUUCCUUUUACAAGUACUUCAUUCAAAUCUGUCCAGAAAGAAGGCCUUGGAAACGAUAAUAUUGCAUAUGGUACUUUGCCUUUUCAGAUCCAUAUGCAUAAUCACCGAAUCUAUACAAUAAAUUACAUUUAUGUAUGCUUAGUAUGUGCACAAUCAUGCAGCAUGCAUAUAAUCGAUUGUCCAGAUAUUUGUAUUAUUGUUAUUUUUGGUGGUCAACGUGUACUCACUCACUAAUUUCUGCAUUGACAAUGGAAAUUAUACUCGUGCUCCAGAAACCUGGUGGAAUUAUUUCACUCCUAGAUGAAGCCUGGUAAGUGGUUUAAUGCUCUAUUUGUUCUUGUUGUUGAUUUUUUUCCCCUUAAGUGACAUCUAGUUCUAAUGUCCUUCUACGUUCUGAGUUAUUGCAAAAAAUGGUUUUAAAAUUCUCACGAAAUACAAAUAUGUUUAUUGCCAUCCAUAUCUUUACUCAUUUUAUCUCGUUGAUGUGCAGCAUGUUUCCUAAGUCAACACAUGAGACAUUUUCUCAGAAGUUGUACCAAACAUUUAAAAACAAUAAGCGUUUUAUGAAACCCAAGCUCUCACGUACUGAUUUCACCAUCUGUCACUAUGCAGGCGAGGUAAUUAUGCAUGGUAUUGUUCUCUUGUUUCAUUCUUUUUUGAAAUAGUGGUAAUUGCCUCCUAAUAUUCUUGGUUAAACAUUCAGGUCACAUAUCAGGCUGAUCAAUUUCUUGACAAAAACAAAGACUAUGUUGUUGCAGAACAUCAGGAUUUACUGAGUGUUUCUAAAUGCCCAUUUGUAGCGGGCUUGUUUCCACCUCUGCCUAUGGAAACAUCAAAGUCUUCGAAAUUUUCAUCCAUUGGGUCACGUUUUAAGGUGAUUUUGAUGUGUUACCUUCUUUUGGUCAUCUGAUAUUUAGAUUUCACUUUUUUGGGUAAAAAUCUUGUUCCAUGAUCCUCGAUACCACUUUUAAAAUCACAAUUGUUCUCUUUUAGUCCCGGAAGUUUCAGUGUUGUAAUCAUGUUUUAGCUCUAUUAGUGAGUUCCUUUGUCCUCUUGGAUAUAAAUCGCAUCAAAGUGGUUUUCAAUUGAAUAAACGAGAUUUUCCAUUGUACAUAUUCCUUUGGAGAGAGAUUGAGGUAAAUUUGAUAUUGUGGUUUUUUACGAUACACUGUGUUAGUAAUGUUAGAAUUGUGUGUAUAUGAUCAAGAGUUCGCAUUGCGAUUCAUCUUGGUUGUCUUCUGUGGAUUGCAAUCCGACCCAGUGGAUCCAAAAAAAUUAUGUGAACCAGAUAAUCUUCACACAGAGGAAAUAUGCCCCAAAGUAAUCAUGUUUUCCUUUUCCAUUGAUCAUUGAUUGUUGCAUAUUUCCCUAAAUCAGUAAGUUUGACCCAGAUUUUGUUUUGAUUCAUUUCUUUGUAUUGUAUCGUAGAAAUCAUUCUAGCAUGACCCUGUUCUGUUGUUCUGAUUCUGGACUGAACAUUAUUGCCAUUGCGCUGCCAUCACGUUUGACAAAAGUUUCAAAUUUCACUGUAAUGGGACAGCUCAUUCUCAUAAUCCUAUUUUCUCAGAGUUAGAUUAUCCGUAGAUUUUUAUACUCCAAGGAAGACUGAUAUGAUUUGGAUAAUUGUGUUUUUCUUUUUAACUUCAUAGGAUGUUCUUUUUGGAUUUUAUUAGACUCUCCCAUGUGUCACAUUUCCCAUACUUUCCUUCUUUGUAAGUCGUUACGAAUCACGUUUAUCUGAUUGAAAAAAGCAGCUAAAGCAGAUCAGCACCGUGUGCUCAAAGCAGUAGAAUGAAUACUUCAUGAGGAAGACGAAUUCGUGAUUGUUCACUUCCGUUCCUUUCUCUACUCCACCCAUAAAUACCACAUUUUAUUCAACUGCGUCCUGUCCAUGAGCGUAGCGGGCCUCUUUAUCUGAUGGAUGUGAAUAAUACCACUUUUCUGAUGAACUCUUUGAAGAUAGCUAACUGUUUCUCCCUCUUUUAACGCACGCUCUAUCUUAUUAUUAUGGGUGUCCACCUGCCUUAUUGUUCUUCGUUCUGAUUUCAUUAAUAAUAUAAUCGUUUUUAUAUUCAUUUUAGUUAAUCGAUUGUGAAAUUUCUCAUUUCCAAAAAAAUCUUUUAUUCAUAUGAUUUAUCCUAUUGCGCACAGCUAAAUAUCUUUUGUUAUUCUUGCUAAACAUCAUCUGACUUGUGCGUCAUCACGUUGGAAAUCUGUUGGAAAGCACGGGCACAUAUCAUUUUCUUUUCUCGCCCAUUUUUCUUCUUUAUUGAAGCUUAUUCAUUGACCAAGAUCUUCUUAGUUGGUAACUCUAUUGUAUGUUUGAUGCUUAGGCAAUGAACUUUUAAUGUAUGAAGUUUUGCAAGUCAUCUUUCAACAAAUUUCUAAAAGUGAAAAUGUUUAGGAUACCGAAAAGUAUGUUAACUUUCGUCGAGGGUUGCUUGGUUUCUUGGGCAUCCCCUUGAAGUUCUCUUUUUCCGCUGAAACAGUUUUUUUUCUUGAUUCUUGUUCCUAGCUUAAUGGCUGUCUUUCCUCUGUUGUUGCCUUUAUGAUUGGUCUCUGUCCCUGUGCCAGUUAGGGUUUGAUCAUAUUUUUACAACAUUGAUGUUUUAAAUUUAAUUUGAUAUGUGCUUUUAAUUUAAAUCCCAGCUCCAACUUCAAGCAUUGAUGGAGACCUUGAGUACAAUGGAACCUCAUUACAUCCGAUGCGUGAAGCCAAAUAAUGCUCUCAAGCCAGCUGUAUUUGAAAACUUCAAUGUGAUUCAACAAUUACGUUGUGGUGUAAGUACUGAACUGAAUUACGGUUUCAUCUAAUCUUCUAACGUUCCUUGUAAGGAAAAGACAGCCGUAUAGUUCCAUGAAUGUCUUCCCAUUGUUUCAGGGUGUCCUUGAAGCCAUUAGGAUCAGCUGUGCUGGAUAUCCAACAAAAAGGACAUUUUAUGAAUUUCUUCUUCGUUUUGGUGUUCUUGCUCCAGAGAUUUUAGAUGGAAAGUAAGUGUUGUCUUUCAAAUAUACUUGUAGAGAUUUCUAUGCUAGGUUGCUUCUAAAUGGUCUGAAGAUCAUCGACUUCAGCAAAUACUGAUGCUAUUUAUGUGGAAAUUCUUAUGACUGGAUAGCUAUGAUGACAAGGCUGCAUGUCAAAAAAUUCUGGACAAAAUGGGGUUGAAAGGUUAUCAGGUGACCGAAUCUUGGAACAUUUGCUUCUACAAGUUGAUUGAUUUAUCAGUUUGGCAUUGGUGUUGAUGUUCAUAUCAAUACUUGAUGCUGCCAGUUGCAUCGUUUCUAGAUAUGUCUCUCAUACAAGAUGCUGCAUUGUUUGUCUUGUCAGAUAGGCAAGAAUAAAGUGUUCUUGAGAGCUGGCCAGAUGGCUGAAUUGGAUGCGAGAAGAACAGAAGUUCUGGUCAAAGCAGCCAGAGUGAUCCAGAGACAAAUCCGCACACAUAUUGCUCGCAAGGAAUUCGUUUUGUUACGCAAGGCUGCAAUUCACUUGCAGUCCCGUUGGAGAGGUAUCAUUUGUUCUUUAUUGCUUUUGAGAUGCACUUGAUUUAUUGAUUUUCCUUACAGUAUGUCCCUGUUCCUUUCGCAUGAAGAAUAUUGUCUACAUCAGACAAAAGCUGUGCUUCAAAUUACCGUCGAUGAAGAGAUACCGGUACUUAGAUUUUCAACUACUUGAUCACUGCAGGGAAUUUGGCUUCCAAAUUGUACGAGCAAAUGAGGCGUGAAGCAGCCGCACUGAGGAUUCAGAAGAAUUUGCGACGGCACUCUGCCCAGAAGUCUUAUAAGUCACUCAGACAUUCUGCUGUGACAUUGCAGACAGGAUUAAGGGCAAUGACUGCUCGGAAUGAGUUCAGACUAAGGAAGCAAACCAAAGCUUCGGUUGCUAUCCAGGUAGCUCACAGUUGAUCAUCAGACUAAACCUCUGUCAUGUAGUUCUCGUAUUUCUGCUAGAGAUCCCACUUCAGGUGUUUAUAGAUUUGAUGACCAUCCGUUUUAUCAUUUAUUCCCAAACAUUGAAAAUUGGAAGACAUGAUGUUAGAUUUUCUGGAGUCCGUAUUAGUUCUUAUAACUAUAAUUUAACGUUGGUUAUAAGUCCUCUUGAAGUUUGGUUUUUGCCUAUGUCAACUAGCCAGGACAUACUGGAACGUACUCUCCUCUCAAGAUGUUCAAAUAUUUUCUGGAAAUUCUGUUAACAUUGGAUGCUGUAGAGAUGGGUGAUAUAAGUCAGGAGUGUAGGUGAUAUAAUAAGAUUUUGUUAAAAAUCACAGUACUAUCUUCUGUUCUGUCUUUAGUUCGAAAUGGAAAAUCGUUACUCUGUAGUGACAUUCUGGUAUAUGCAUCUAACUACAUCGUUUUUCUAUCUGAAUCAGCCAUCCAUGGUUAUCUAUUAUAUCACCAGCCUAUAUUGGAACCUUGCCUUUGAUUCGCUCAAUAUCCUUGUCCAUAUAGGAUUCAAAUGCACCCUUUGCCUUUUUUGUUUUUCUAUCAGUGAUUUUAUUUCUUCAUGAUUCUUGCAGACUAAAUGGCGUAGCCACAAAGAUUAUUCGUAUUAUAAGAAUUUACAGAAGGCCGCAAUCACUUACCAGUGUGCCUGGAGGCAAAGGCUUGCACGGAAGGAGCUCAGAAAGCUCAGAAUGGUCUCUUUUGAUGAAAUUCAUUCAUUUGUUUGAAAGUUGAGGUGCAUCAUCUUUUGUGGAAUCACUCUUAAUCACAUUAUUGUCUACAGGCUGCGAAAGAAACUGGAGCCCUCAAAGAAGCAAAAGAUAAACUCGAAAAGCGUGUUGAAGAGCUCACAUGGCGUUUGCAAUUGGAGAAACGAUUAAGAGUGAGUACUCUAUAUUAUGUCGAAUUUUUACGGUGGAAAGCUGGUUGCUUCAGUGGCAUUUGUCUAUCUCUAUACUCUGGUCUUUCUGUUUGUUCGUCUCUUUGGGUUUUCCCUUCUCUCUCCCUCUCUGUAUAUAUAUAUAUAUAUAUAUAUAUAUAUAUAUUUAUAAAUACGUAUAUCAUCCAUCUAUUUACCUGUGUUUGUAUUUUUUAUGCACUUCCAAUAUAUCUAUCUAUUUAUCCAUAUAUCUUGUCAUCUUAAAUGAAUAAUAUCUGGAUAGUCGUUAAUCAUGGUUGCCAUUCAAUUAUAGGUUGACCUUGAGGAGGCCAAGGUACAAGAAACUACCAAGCUACAAGAAGCACUGCACGAAAUGAAACUACAAGUUGAAGAGGCCCACUCCUUAGUUAUCAGGGAGAGGGAGGCUGCUCGGAAAGCCAUUGAGGAAGCACCUCCCGUCAUCAAAGAAACUCCUGUGCUGGUCCAUGAUACAGAAAAGAUUGAUGCACUGACUGCGGAAGUUGAAAGCCUCAAGGUAGAGACACAAUUUCAUUUGAUCUUCUAUCCUGUGCCGAUCUAUGAAUUUAUCGGUGUUCUUAUGGAUACCAGAAGGAUGCGUAAGCAUAGAACAUAAACUUAUACCACUUGAGAAAUCCUUUCACUUUUUACCGGUGAGAGUACAACUUUCAUCCAAUGUGAGCGUGUUCUACUGGUAUCACCUCACAAGUACAUAUUGGAAGAAGGCAACAUCAGGGAUUGGGUGCAUUGCUUUUAAUAAAAAUUCUAUAAGAGGCAAGAAGAAUUCUCGAGAAGAAAGAUAAAAGCAUAGAUUCAGGUUCUCUCUUGAUGAUGCUCAGUAGUGGACAUGCCAUUUUUCUUCGUUUAUUUGCUGCUCUUUUACCCUGUAACAGAGAUUCACUUAUGAUGCAAGUACAGGGGUAUAACUAAUGCUGCCGACUUGUUGUAAACCCCCCUGUUAAUCUGAUGUUAUGACAGGCUUCAUUGAUACUAGAGAGGCAGCAAAAAGAUUCCGCCAAACAAGCUUACGCAGAAGCUGAGGCCAGGAAGAAUGAUCUGGCCAAGAGCCUUGCUGACACGGAGAAAAAAGCUGAUCAGCUUCAGGAAACUGUUCAAAGGUUAUUUUCUUAGAGUUUUUCUCUCUUAGAUGCCACUUGCUCCUAGAUACUUAGCUGUUGAGCUUUGUGCUGCUCUAUCAUUAACCAGAAAUGCAUGGUGAUUACUGUAAUCUCGUCUCUACCACAUACUGGUUUGUGAGAGUUUUUUUCGUUCAGGCUUGAAGAGAAACUCUCCAAUCUAGAGUCGGAGAACCAAGUCCUCCGCCAGCAGGCGCUUGCUAUAUCUCCAACUGGAAGAGCAUUAUCUGCACGCCCCAAAACAACCAUCAUUCAGGUAGUAUACUUCUUUCGAACGCGUGGUCCAUCUUCUUCCGUACGCGUGGUCCGCAUAGCUUUGAAUGCUGAAUCUGUGAACAUCUGCGCGAACAGAGGACGCCGGACGGUGGAAGCAUCCUCUAUGGUGAAACGAAAAUGGCACAGGUUAGCAUCAUUCUGCCAUUUUUAAUAUGACAUACGUCUUUCUAUGUACGCUCUAUGGCGCCCUCGAUUGACCCCAGAAACUCUGUAGGAUUUGGGUCCUCUUGCAAAUAGCGCAAAGGAGAUGGAGAUUGAGGAGAAGCCACAGAAAUCACUCAACGAGAAACAACAGGUAGAAGUUCUCUCUAUGCAUGAAUCACAACGGUCUCCAAUUACAUGCAUGCUGAUCCUCUGUCGGUCCUCAAUUUCUGUAUGCAGGAGAACCAAGACUUGCUCAUCAAGUGCAUCUCACGUGAUCUUGGAUUUGCCGGGGGAAGGCCCAUCGCAGCUUGUGUCAUAUACAAGUGUCUUCUCCAUUGGAGAUCCUUUGAGGUGGAGAGGACCAGUGUUUUCGAUCGCAUAAUCCAAAGCAUAGGCUCUGCCAUUGAGGUACUUCACAACAUUUAUAUUCUCAGUUCGUACUUUAUUUAUACAUAUAGAUUCCUCUUCAAAUAUACACACAUGCAUAAAACCAGCAACAUGAUUUUUAAAAUGUAUAAAAAUAUUGGGAUAUCUUAGUGAUUAUUUUCUUGUCAAAGACCCAGGACAACAACGAUUCACUCUCCUACUGGUUAUCAAAUUCAACCACUCUGCUGCUGCUCCUGCAACGCACGCUCAAGGCAGGUGGAGCAACUGGUCUGACCCCUCAUCGGCGGAGACCAUCAUCAACCUCAUUAUUUGGUAGGGUGUCUCAGGUAAGACAACCAAACCCGCCUCCUUUCAACCAUAAGCCUAUGUGGUCGGUGAUUCCCGCUUCUCUCCUCAACCGUUGUAAACUCCAGGGACUCCGAGGGUCUCCCCAGAGUGGCGGCAUUCCCUUCCUCAAUGGUAGGAUGAUCGGUGCGAUGAACGACGUGCGCCAGGUGGAAGCCAAAUACCCCGCCCUGCUGUUCAAACAGCAGCUAACAGCCUUUGUGGAGAAGAUCUACGGCAUGCUGAGGGACAACCUCAAGAAGGAAAUCGCGCCUCUGCUCGGCCUGUGUAUUCAGGUAUUGCUCCGAGUUCCCAUUCUCAUGGGGUUCCUGUGCUAACUUUUUUUUCCCUAUUUGGGGUGAAAACAGGCGCCGCGGAAUGCAAGGGCGAAUCUGGUCAAAGGCCGCAGUCAGCCCAGGGGUGUCGCUCAACAAGCGCUGAUCGCCCAUUGGCAGAGCAUCGUGGCCAUCCUGAACAAUUACCUGAAGACCUUGAGGGCCAAUUACGUGAGUUGAAUGGGUUUAAUGGGGACGACGCUGCCAGCCGUUUUUAUGAGCAUGAGAGUUCCUAACGUGCCCUCACUCUCCAGGUUCCGCCGUUCCUGGUCCGCAAGGUGUUCACCCAGAUUUUCUCGUUCAUCAAUGUGCAGCUUUUCAACAGGUUUCUGGUCCACUUGACUUUUUUCAGCUCUAUCACACCUGGGUCGCCUCCCCUUUACUCAAUAUAGGAUGGCCCUUUGACUUUCCCUCUGCAGCCUCCUUCUGCGGCGCGAGUGUUGCUCAUUCAGCAAUGGGGAGUACGUCAAAGCUGGGCUGGCUGAACUAGAACAAUGGUGCUUCGACGCCACAGAGGAGGUAUCCAUCUCUCUCUCUCUCUCUCUCUCUCUCUCCUCCUUUAUUCCUUCGGUUCCUCUCUCUCUAAAGCGCUGAAGCGUCGGUUGGAAACAGUUUUCCGGGUCAGCUUUGGAAGAACUUCAGCACAUCAGACAGGCAGUUGGAUUUCUGGUACCAUCCCUUCUCGUCAACAAGCUUUCUGGUUAAUCUCAAAUGCUGGUGCGUUCAUUUCUCAUCAUCCUCAUCCAAUCCCUCAGGUCAUACACCAGAAGACGAAGAAGACUCUCAGUGAGAUCACCAACGACCUGUGCCCGGUACCCUCCUCUUCCCUCUCUACCUCCUCUGCCCUUGUCCAUCCCCUGGUUGUUCUUCUCCUCACCCCACCUCCCAUGCCCGCCAGGUUCUCAGCAUCCAGCAACUGUACAGAAUCAGCACCAUGUACUGGGACGACAGACACGGCACACACAGCGUCUCCUCCGAGGUAAGCUUAUAAUUUCUCAUUUAAUUUUAUUAAACCAUGCUUAAUUUUUAAUUAAUAUUUUUCUUGACCCCACCAAAUCCGCCAGGUCAUCUCGAGCAUGAGGAAGAUGACUGCGGACUCCAACAACGUCAGCAGUUCCUUCCUUCUGGAUGACGAUUCCAGGUGGGGCCCUCCCCACUUGGAAUAAAUAAUUAAAUGUUCGUGAUAAAUAAUUAUUAAUAUUAGUUUCCUGGUGCAGCAUACCUUUCACCGUGGACGAGAUCUCGAAGUCGAUCACGGAGAUAGACGUAGCCGACGUUGAUCCUCCGCCGUUGAUCCGAGAUAACUCGGGCUUCGCCUUCCUGACCCAGCGCGCCGAGUGA